AUGCGGGUAUGCCAUAUCGUGCUCAUGCGGUGCUCUUCAGACAUCCUUUGUGCGGCCAGGUGUCGUGUCGCUCCUUCCCGUAAUGAUGGAAGGGCGUAUAGCGGGUUGUCGCUCCGCUGUGCCUGGCGUAUCCUGUUCCGGCGUGUCGUGACGUCCUGGAAACAGUCGCUGAUGUGGAAGAUGCUGGCUAAAGGAGUAGUGGAGGACAGACGCGUCCUCGUGUGUUCGCUUAGCCCCUUCCGCAUGGGGGCUGCGAAACUGUGUUCCUAUGCCUUACCUCAUGGUCAAAUGUCUAAGAAUUAG